UGGCCUCAUCGGGUUCCAUGGAGAGAGAACCCGAUGGCGAUCCCUCAUCGGCGGCAAUGGAGGAUAGCAUGGAGGCCGAAGAGAAUCUCGAGGAGGACUCCGUUGUGGAGAUGACGGAGCAAACCGUAGCGGGUGAGAAUGCGUCCGUUGAUCUCGGUGGAGCUGCGUUGAAGGAGAAAAAACCUAGUAGCUCUUCCGAAGAUGAUGACUCGGAUUCGGACUCGGAUUCGGACGAUGAAGAGGCUGAUGAGCUCCGUGUUUCAGCUCUGGAGAGAUCUCUUGCUGAGAAUCCAUACAACUACGAGGCUCAUGUUCAGUGUAUUCAUCAUCUGAGAAAACUUGGACAUAUUGAGAAACUAAGAAAAGCGAGGGAGUCAAUGAAUGAGCAUUUUCCUUUAACACCUAAAAUGUGGCAGGAUUGGACAAAGGAUGAAUGUUCUCUUAGUUCAAGCUCUGAAGAUUUUACUAAUGUUGAGAAACUUUAUGAACGUGGAGUGUAUGAAUAUUUGUCUGUGCCUCUAUGGUGUGAUUAUUUAGAUUUUGUUCAAGAACAUGAUCAAUCGGUCUCUCAAUGUUCACCUACUGGUAUCUCGAAGAUGAGGAAUUUGUUUGAGCGAGCUAUUACAGCUGCUGGUUUACAUGUUGUUGAGGGCAACGGGAUUUGGGAAGCAUACAGAGAAUUUGAGCAAGCUAUAUUUCUUACUAUUGCUGAAGACAAUAAUGAGGAAAAAGCUAAACAGGUUAAUCGCAUACGAUCUCUAUUUCACCGUCAAUUAUCUGUUCCUUUGGUUGAUUUAAAAUCCACAUUGAUGGCUUACAAGCUUUGGGAGGUUGAACAAGGAAAUGCUAAAGAUAUUGACUCUGCUGACAUGGACGGAAUUCCAUCAAAUGUUGUCUCAUCAUAUCAAAAAGCCAUGGAGAUGUUCAAAGCUCGCACAAUCUAUGAGGACCCCUUACUUAAUAAGGAGGCAACUGACAAUGAUAAGCUACAACAUUUCAUGAACUAUAUAAAAUUUGAGGAAUCAUCUGGAGAUCCUGCUCGUGUUCAAAUUCUCUUUGAACGUGCUGUUUCAGAACUUCCUGUGUCUAGUGAUCUGUGGGUUGCUUAUACGAGCUAUCUGGACAGAACCCUCAAGGUUCCUAAUGUUCUGAAAAAUGUCUAUUCUAGAGCCACCAAAAACUGUUCUUGGGUUGGAGAUCUAUGGUUUCGUUACAUGCUGUCACUGGAACGCAUCUGUGCUUCUGAGGAAGAGUUGAGUGCAGUUUUUGAGAAAUCUUUACAAUGUUCUUUCCCAAGUUUCAAAGAGUAUAUGGAACUUUUUCUCACCCGAGUUGACGGUUUAAGACGGAGAGUUUCUGUGGUUGGUACAAAUGAUGGUUUUCAAGGACAUACUUUGAUCAGAGAUGUCUUUCAGCGAGCUGUUGACUACUUGUCUCCAGACAUGGUUAGCAUUAACGAUUUGUUGAAUUUGCAUGCAUAUUGGGCCCGUUUAGAAGCCAAACUUGGAAAUGAUUUGGUUGCUGCUAGGGGUGUCUGGGAAAGCUUAAUUAAGAAAAGUGGGUCUCUGCUUGAAGUUUGGCAAGCUUAUAUAGCAAUGGAAAUUGAGAUGGGUCAUAUUAUUGAGGCAAGAUCUAUUUACAAGAGAUGCUACAGCAAAAGGUUUCCAGGAACUGGCUCAGAGGAUAUAUGCUAUUCUUGGUUGCGGUUCGAAAGGGAAUAUGGUAAUUUGGAUGAUUAUGAUCUUGCGGUUAAAAAGGUGACACCUCGUCUGCAAGAGCUCAUCAUGUUCAAGAAUCAACAAGAGCAUAAAAAUAGCAUCAUGUCUGCUCAAAAAGAUAGCACAAAGGAUGUAUCACAUAAGAGGAUAAUGACUAACACGGCCAGUGAUAAGCAGUCUCCUGCAAAGAAACAGAAACAUUCUUCUCCCAAGUCGGUUAAAACAUCUUACAAAGACAGCAUUAAGCAAUCAGACGGUGUACGAGGACUGGGAGAGAAUGAUGAGGUGCCCUCCUUGCCUGAAGUUCCAGAAAGUCAUGCCAUUGAUGAGAAAGCAGCAGGCAGCUCCAACUCCAACAAAACAAAAUCAAAAUUUUACAAAGAUCAGUGCACAGCAUUUAUAUCAAAUAUUGGCUUUCAGGCAAAUGAGGGACACCUGGGUGAAUUUUUUGCUGACUGUGGUGGAGUGACUGCUAUACGUAUCCUUAAGGAUAAAUUCACUGGAAAAUCAAGGGGCUUGGCAUACGUGGACUUUUCAGAUGAGGAGCAUCUCAAAGCAGCAGUUGCUAAGAACAGGCAAAAGUUGCUUGGGCAGAAAUUAAGUAUUGCGCGCUCUGAUCCAGCAAGGGGCAAUAAGAGAACAACCAGCGGCAAGGGACCUGGUCAACCUGAUCAAGGACAAUCAUCCAAUAUUUACCGUCGUGGCACAACGAGCUCAUCUGGAGCGGAUGUUCUUAAGAGUUAUGAGACUAACAUUAAACCAAAGGGAAGUAAUACAUUUGCUGCUCCUAGAGCUGUUGUCAGACCACUUGGAUGGACAGAUGGGAAAGCAAAACCCAAAGAAAGUCUUGAGCCACCAAAAUCAAAUGAGCAAUUCAGGGACAUGCUUCUAAAAAAGUGAACACUUCAAUUUAGCAUUUUCUUCAAGAAUGUGAGUAUUGUGGUAAAUUCAAAGAUGAAUUAUUACCCUAUGUUUUGUAAAACAUGCUAAUUAACUAAAUUUUGUAUACUAACCAGGCUGUUGAAUUAUGUGUAUUUUCUCAUCAUUUGUUUUUCA